CGCGCCGGCCCUGAGGACGUGUGCGCGCUGCCUUCGCGGCUCCUGGGCCUUGAGAUGCGCGGCUCGCGGGCCCGUGCCAGCUCCAGGAAAAUGCAGUAGAAGACGAAGAAUGAGAAGAAAAUUGGCUUUGAGAAAGUUCCUGACAUCUGUGGAGUGUAAGAACACUAUGGAGCUCAUCAGAGUAUAUCACUGAAGAAUAUGAUGGCUGAAACCAAUUUUAAAAUGCUAAAGAUUCAACAGUGUGUAGUAGCCAACAAACUACCUAGAAACAGGCCAUAUAUUUGCAAUAUUUGCUUCAAGCAUUUUGAAACACCCUCAAAAUUAGCGAGGCAUUAUCUCAUUCAUACUGGUCAAAAGCCAUUUGAAUGUGAUGUGUGUCAUAAAACCUUUAGACAACUAGUUCAUCUGGAACGACAUCAACUAACUCAUAAUCUGCCUUUUAAAUGUAGUAUUUGUCCACGCCACUUUAAGAAUCUGAAGACAUUCGUGAAACACCAACAGCUUCACAAUGAAACUUACCAGAAUGAUGUUAAACAGGUCAGAAGACUGCUGGAGGCCAAGCAAGAAAAGCCAGUGUAUGGAAUGUAUCAUGCUCUUACCACAGAGGAGAGAUGGGCAUUACACUCGUGCUCCAAGUCUGAUCCUACACACAGCCCUACAAAGAAAAAAAAGAACAUUCACGCGUGUACAAUCUGUGGCAAGCUGUUCCCCUCACAGUCAAAACUUGAUAGGCACGCACUUAUUCAUACUGGUCAGAGGCCUUUUAAAUGUGCCCUGUGCAGUAAAUCUUUUCGACAGUCAACUCACUUAAAAAUCCACCAACUCACACAUUCAGAGGAAAGACCUUUUCAAUGUUGUUUUUGUCAAAAAGGAUUUAAGAUUCAAAGCAAACUGCUGAAGCAUAAACAAAUCCAUGCCAGGAAUAAGACUUUUCAGACUCUUUCAUUAAAGGUGAAGAGUCCAGAAUCAGGGCCCCUGCCUAAUAAGUUAAAUGCAAAGCAGGAUAGUUUUGAAAAUGGUGAUAUACGUGAAUCUGAGGAGAAUAAUCAACUUGAUGUCCACUCUAUUUAUAUUGUCCCUUUUCAAUGUCCAGAGUGUGAAGAAUGUUUUGAAUCAGAGCAGAUUCUCAAUGGACACAAGUGUUUUCCUGCCAGAAGUGGCAAAAUUCCAAGCAGGCUCAAAAGAAGCUACAACUAUAAAACCAUUGUUAAAAAAAUCUUGGCUAAGCUUAAACGAGCUGGGGGUAAAAAAUUAGAUAAUUUUCGAUCUGAGAAAAAAGUAUUUAAAAACAGUUUCUUGAAAAAUUGUGAACUUAUUUCCGGUGAGCAGAGCCCUGAACAAACCCAGAGAACAUUUAUGGGUUCUCUUGGCAAGCAUGGAACAUAUAAGACAGUUGGCAAUAAAAAGAAGAAAACGUUGACUUUGCCAUUUUCUUGGCAAAAGCACUUCCAGAGCCAAAAUAUGGGAAAAAACGUAAAAGGUAUUCUUACACCAGAGAACAUGUUAACUAUGGAUAAUUCUGUGAAUAAUAAAGAUGUAUCUAUCUAUGGUUCAUCAGGUGAGGAAUUCUUUGAAAACUGUGAAGUGCUUCAGUGUGGUUUUUCAGUUACAAAUGAAAACAUCUAUACUGGACAUAAGAUGUGUCCUUGUGACAAAUGUGAGAAAGUGUUUCCUUCUGUAUCUAAACUACAAAGACACUAUUUAAUUCAUACUGGACAGAGGCCUUUUGGCUGUAAUGUUUGUGGGAAAUCUUUUAGACAGUCAGCUCACCUGAAAAGACAUAAAUUAACUCAUAUUGAUAAGAUUCCAUAUAGAAAAUCUCUUUGCCAAGUAGAAUUGGAAAAUUUGAACAAACUUUUCAUUCAUCAAGGUGAUAAUGUUAACUAUAGUGCUUCCCAGCAAUGUCAGACUCUUGGUUUUCAAAAAUACGAGGUCUCAGAGUCAGAUCAAACAUCAGAAAUAAAAGUGAAGGCAGAAUCAGAGGAUUUCAUUCUUGGUACCCCCUAUAGGAACAGGCAGCCCUGUCUCUCUAGUGCACUUCUGGAAUCAGAGCAGAGCCAUCAUAGUCAUUGUUGUAGUUAUUCAGGGCGUACUGAGAGGAAUGAUGGCCUUCUUUACCAAUGCAGUGUUUGUUCUAAAAGUUUUAGAUCCCCAUCUAAACUAGAAAGACACUAUCUAAUUCAUGCAGGGCAGAAGCCAUUCGAAUGCUCAGUUUGUGGCAAAACAUUCAGACAGGCUCCUCACUGGAAGAGACAUCAACUUACUCACUUUAAGGAAUGACCACAAGAGAAAAUGGUUGUCUUAAAUUCAGUUAUGUAAUUGACAGACCCACCAACACAUGUGUGGUCUUUCUGGUGACCUUGCUCUUUAGCCUCUAUCAUUUAUAAUGUAUUUUUAUCAAAAGGCCUGCAUUAGAUUGAAUGAUUUCAUAGGCAGUUGCUUGUCUGCAUAGUCAGAGGUAAGAUACAUAGAAAUGUAAUAUGUUUUAGGAACAGCCAAAUUAAUUUUUAGGGGGAAGAACAUGAUUUGAUGCCAUAAAGCAAGUAUUUGUUUUAUUUUAACAUACACUUUGGCUGUAUUGAAAAUGUUGUAAAUCCAUGAUGUAGUACAAAUAAUUCAGCCUCAUUUUUAAAGGAAUUAUUCCUUAAGACACACCAUCUCCUUUUAUAUAUGCUCAAAAGACUGAGAGGCAAAAAUUGGGUUUUGGCCACUACAGAUAGCCCCACUAUAUUAUUUCAUGUGUUUUACACCUAUGGUUCAAAUUCCAUCGCAAAAUUUUUUCUUAUAAGCUAAAAAAUAUAAAGGCAAUAAAAGUGAAAGUGGAUGAGAAAAUAAUAGCAUUAUUUUCAUUGUUCUUUUCCAAGCUGUUUAUUCUUAGGACUCCGGUAGCUUACCUAUUCUAUAGGUGAUUUGAAUUGGUUUUUUGCCCAGCCUGCUGUUAUCUUUACCCCCAAAAUGUACAAGUAGGAGAGAGGCUAGGAUGCACCUGUAUACAUUUACCAUGUUUAUUUGUCAGGAAUAAUGUUCAAGUGCCAUAAUCUUUUUGAUGAUAUGUACGCAGUGCCAUCUUUUCAGAGGAAUGAAUGCAAUUCACCUACAUGCUUAUUAAUGAUUGAUAGCAGUAGUUGUAGACUUAAGACUCACCUGUAGAUCUGCAUCUCCAUAAGACUUUUACAUUCACCUUAGCAAAACUUUCUUUUAAUACCUCUUUGAGUGGUCCUAUGACUAAACUAAAUAUUCUAUUAAGUUUGAUCAAACGGCAGUGACUAGGUCUAGUUCUAUUUUUUAUUCCUGUUUUUUUGCAAGAUUCUAAUGCUAAAGAAUGUUAUUUUGAUCAUUAGUAAAUUGUUAUUUUAGUUAGUAAGGUAAUCCCAUAUAGGAAUAAGAUGCUUAUGGAAUUGCGAGUAUCAUUCUAAACAGUACUGUCAUGAUUUGGGGAAUAUUUAAUCAAACUGUAAAAGGCUUGUAAUCACACAUUGUCCUUCACAUUUGCCAUUUUUAAUAAAAUCUUUAAGAAUGACAUUUCCUAGCAAUAAGAGAAAAUAACCAUUCUCUUUCUAAGGUGAAAAGAACAGGUGGGUAUUUAUCCUAGCACUCUCAGAUAUAUGUAGUGACAAGCCCUCUACUGAGAAUGGAUAAAGGAACAAUUUUACAUUGUACUGUAAUAAUUGUCUUUGUGGGGGGGGGGAGGAGAAGUCAGUCUGCUUUUACAAGUGAAUUUUGAGAAACUUGGGUUUAAUUCAUAGAGAUUAAACUUAACAGUACAGAUAAAAGCCCAACGAUGUACAAAUGUGCAGGAGAAUCGUGUUUUAAAGAAUAAUUUCUCUUAUGUUUCCUUGAGAUGUGUUCCUCCAGUGCAAACAAGGUGAUGUUUUAUAAAAUUUGCUUUACACAGAACUAUUUAAGAACACAUCCAUUACAUAAAAGCAAGGGAUAACUAGUUCAUGUUUUCCAAGAAUAAAGGUUCAAGGGUUUAAUAUGUCUGAAAUUAUAUAUUUGGGAAUUUUCCUAAGCUAUUUAUGUAAUUUUAUUUGAAGUAAAUGUCUCAUAUACUCCUUUCCCAACCCUAACAGGAGAAUCCUAACAGUGUUGUGCUUGUAUGAUUAUUAGACUUUAUUUGCCUAAGUGAUACUACUAUACAUUUUUUUUUUGGCCCAUGCCUUUUUAAGCUGUUUCAUAUUGAAAGUUGGAAUAUUGUAAAAAUUUUGUCGAAGAGGUACUGUAGUGCUAUUUGAAGUACCUGUAACGAAAUACUUAUUUACUUUUAUUAUCACUACAAGCUGUGGAAACUUUAUAGGAAUGAAAAUAAACUGUAUACAUCCAUGAUAAACUGUAUACAUCCAUGAUAAGAAGUUUAAACAUUAGAUGUUAAAUGAUGACUUGCUGCAUGCUAGAACUGUUAUUAUUGUUGAAUCAAUUGCUUUGGUUUUCUGAAAAAAAUAAACUUUUAAAUAUCUGUAAAGAAAAUUAGAAGAAUUUUUGUUUGGGCAAUUCCAGGCUGUAGCAUGAUUAUUUACUGAAGUAGUUUGGUUGAGUUAGUGAAAUUAUUGCUUCUUGUUUUGUACUGCAAUAGGGCCUAUUAGGACAAAAUGUGUGUUGAAGGAAAGUAGAUGGUGAUUCUUGAAAAAUUCAAAUUUUAGAAUAUUUUAAAAAUAAAGUUUCAAAUUACACAGUUUGAACUUUUUUAAAAGGGAAAAUCACAUAAUACAGGAACAAGGUACUGAUUGCCAGACACUUUCCUGGGCCCACUCCAGUCUACCUUCUACCUUCUGAGCUUGCUACAUGGAUAGUUAAUCGUUUACUUCCUUGUUCAUGUUAAGUUUCUUUGAUAGCUCCUUAUAACCUACAAAUGGAUAUGUUAACUCCAUUGCAUGUCACAUGAUCUAUCUGCUUAUCCAUUUAUCUUCCUCCUUGGCCUCCCAGAUUUGUACUAAAGAAACAUAAAAUUAGUUCAUCCAAUACAUGUUAUUCCCGCUUCCAUCUUAUCUAUGUAGUAUUAAUUUAAAUUAGAUACAAACUCAUACUGUAUUCAAAGAAGAGAUUUAGUUGAGCCAGAUUUUAUUUGUUUUUAGUCCAUGAUUAUGGAAGAAAACUAAAGUGUUUAAUUUGCAGAAAACAGAUUUCAAUUUACGUUAUGUGAGAUAACCAAUGAGAAUUAUAGACAUUUUUAAGGGAUAGCACCAGUGUUUGAAGUCUGCAUAUCUUAUAAGAAUCCUUUGUUAGAAGUGAAUUGUCAAGGGCUGUUUCAUGCAGAAUAUCUGCUCUUUAGAAGCAGUGAAAGGACACAUUUAAUUCCUUUCUUGUUGAGAUUUCUCCUAUUGCCAGUUAGAAGAGCUUAGAAUUUCAGGGCUAACUGCUAGAAUUCUAUUAGCACUAUUCUAUUAGAGAACAAAAUUCUAUUAGAGGAAAAAAGAUAACUGAAAAAGAAAAGUGGUACAAUGGUAUUAUUAAAAAAUAUGGAACAUGUAAUACUUUGCAUCUAUAUCGGCUAACUUCUAUUCAUUCUUUGAAGUUUAAGCUUAAACGCUGCUUCCUCUGGAAGCCUUUUUGAUUUACCCUAGCACUCUAUUCCCUGUGCUCCCACUGCUUUUUGUUCAUAACUCUAUUAAUCGUCACUGUUGACUAGUGGUUUUCAAACUUUAGUGUGCACUAGAAUCAUCUAGAGGGCUUGUUAAAAGCAUAGAUUGCUGAGCUACACCCUCAGAAUUUCUGAUUCAAUAUUUGGAGUUGGGCCUGAAAAUUUGCAUUUAUACAGGUUAGCUGUUAUUGCUAUAUUGAAACUAUACUUUGAGAACCAUUGAGCUAAACUACAUUUUUCUGGAAAGCAAGA